AUGAUGGAGCUCCUGGAUACCCGGUUUAGCACGGAUCACGUCAGCUAUGUUAGCAUAGAUAUUUACCGAUCAUUCUUAAGACAGACGCUGCUAGAACAGUUUCUUACCCCAAUUCACUUUACAAAUUCCUUACAUCAUUCAAUUGUACACAGCUCUAACGGUUCUAUCCGAGGAUCCCACUACUUCACCAACCUAACGGCUUUACUUGAAUACUUUCACUCCAAAAUGUCCGCCUCCCGCCCAGGCCGCCAAUCCCCCGAGCCAGAGACCCAAUCUGGCGCUCAACAGCGCGAUCCCCCUUCUCACGGUAAAUUGGAUGGCUCAUCGACUAGCCAAGCACCAGAGUUCUCCUAUGAGAAGGCGGACCCGAAGGCGAACACGCUUGGUGGGAGUAACCCCAAGCAUCCGCUAGAAGACAUUGAGGCGGCGAAGUUCAAGAAAUGA